GUUUGGUGACGCAAGUGGUAUUCCGUGGAGAGGACAGCGUGGGUUCUUUCUGACACAAGUAAAAUGACUUCUCUGUCAUGCCCACAGGUGCUGAGAACAAGAGAAAUCAAGUGAAGGAAGGAGGAGGAGAUUCCAAGACUUGGGUGUCAUUAUUUCUGGGGACACCCUUGACUGGAGACUGAAUUUUUUGAACAGAAAUUUAGAGUUGAUCCAGAAGAGGCAAAGACAGAGCAUCCCAGUUAGCAGCCAUUUCUCAGAUUCAGAGGAAAAUGGUGCAGACCCAGGAAUUGCUGACACUGAAGGAUGUGGCUGUGGAGUUCACCUGGGAGGAGUGGCAGCUCCUGGCCCCUGCUCAGAAGGACCUGUACCGGGAUGUGAUGUUGGAGAACUACAGAAACCUGGUAUCACUGGGGUGUCAAGACAGCAAACCAGAUGCACUCUCCAAGUUGGAACAAGGAGAAGAACCAUGGACAAUAGAAGAUGAAAUCCAUAGUCAAAUCUGUUCAGAAAUUGGGAAAGUUAAUGAUCCUCUGCAGCAUCACUUGCAAAAUCAAAACAUUCAGAAGAGUGCGGAACAAUGCUAUGAACAGAAUGUGUUUGGAAAUAUUGUUAAUCAGAGCAAAGGUCAUUUCCCAUUAGAGGAAAAUCAUGAUACAUUUACCUUACGUAAAAAACCCUUAAAAUCAAAUUUAAGUUUUGAAAACCAGAAUAGAAGCUGUAACCUAAAGAACUCUGCUGUGUUUAAUGGAGAUGGAAAAUCCCUUCAUGCUAACCAUGAACAAUUUUAUACCGAAAUUAAAUUCCCUAUAAGUACAAAACCCAUCAGCAAUAAGUCCCAGGCCAUUAAACAACAGAAAAUGCACAACAUAGAGAAAGCCCAUGUGUGCAGUGAAUGCGGGAAAGCCUUCAUCAAGAGGUCUCAAUUCACUAAUCAUCAAAAAGUUCAUACUGGAGAAAAACCUCAUGGAUGCAGUAUGUGUGGGAAAGCAUUCUCCAGAAAAUCCAGGCUAAUGGAACAUCAGAGAACUCAUACAGGACUGAAACAUUAUGAAUGCACUGAAUGUGACAAAAUCUUCCUCAAGAAAUCACAGUUCAGUAUUCAUCAGAAAACUCAUACGGGGGAGAAGCCUUACACAUGUAGUGAGUGUGGGAAAGCCUUCAUCAAAAAGUGUCGGCUCACUUAUCAUCAGCGAACUCAUACAGGAGAGAAACCUCAUGGGUGCAGCAUAUGUGGCAAAGCCUUCUCUACAAAGUUCAGUCUCACUACACAUCAGAAAACUCAUACAGGAGAGAAACCUUAUAUAUGUAGUGAAUGUGGAAAAGGCUUCAUUGAGAAGAGACGUCUUAUUGCACAUCAUCGUACUCAUACUGGUGAGAAACCCUAUGUAUGCAAUAAAUGUGGUAAAGGCUUCACCUUGAAGAACAGUCUUAUCACACAUCAGCAAACUCAUACAGAAGAUAAAUUAUAUAUGUGCAGUGAAUGUGGAAAAGGCUUUUCAAUGAAGCACUGUCUCAUUGUACAUCAGCGAACUCAUACUGGAGAGAAACCCUAUAUAUGCAAUGAAUGUGGAAAAGGUUUCACCUUGAAGAGCCCUCUCAUCAGACAUCAGCGAACACAUACAGGAGAGAAACCCUACAUAUGCACUGAAUGCCGAAAAGGCUUCACCAUGAAGAGUGACCUCAUUGUACAUCAGCGAACUCACACCGCAGAGAAGCCAUAUAUAUGCAAUGAUUGUGGAAAAGGCUUCACUGUGAAGAGCCGUCUGAUUGUACAUCAGCGAACUCAUACAGGAGAGAAACCCUAUGUGUGCAGUGAAUGUGGAAAAGGCUUUCCAGCAAAGAUCCGGCUAAUUGGACAUCAACGAACUCAUACAGGAGAGAAACCUUAUAUAUGCAGUGAAUGUGGAAAAGGCUUCACUGAGAAGAGUCAUCUCAAUGUACAUCGGCGCACUCAUACAGGAGAGAAACCCUAUAUAUGUAGUGAAUGUGGCAAAGGCUUAACUGGGAAAAGCAUGCUCAUUGCACAUCAGCGAAUUCAUACUGGGGAAAAACCAUAUAUAUGCAAUGAAUGUGGAAAAGCCUUCACCAUGAAGAGUACUCUAGGUAUACAUCAGCAAACUCAUACUGGAGAGAAACCAUAUAAAUGCAAUGAAUGUGGUAAAGCCUUCAGGAAGAAGACAUGCCUCAUACAACAUCAGAGGUUUCACACAGGAAAGACUUCCUUUGCAUGUAGUGAGUGUGGAAAAUUCUCUUUGCGCAAAAAUGAUCUCAUUACCCAUCAGAGAAUUCACACAGGAGAGAAACCAUAUAAAUGCAGUGAAUGUGGGAAAGCCUUCACUACAAAGUCAGGGCUCAAUGUUCAUCAAAGAAAACAUACAGGAGAGAGACCCUAUGGAUGUAGUGAUUGUGGGAAAGAUUUUGCCCACCUGUCAAUCCUUGUUAAACACAAGAGAAUUCACAGGUAG